GAGUGCGUAGUUCACAAGGCAAGGGGUUGUCCAAAGACCGUGUCACUUUUGGGCUGCUUCUGGGACCUUCUGAGCAACCAUGGCUGGGGAAAUAGUUUAUGCUGAUUUAAGGCAUCCUAGGGACAGUUCUUCUGCUGAGAAGCAUCCUGUUUUUCAGGGGUCCCCACAGCCAGUGGUGACAAGCAUCCCGCAGCUAGGCAGUGGGAUCCAGGGAAGGAACCAAGUGGAGCAGUGCAUGUUUUCAUCCCUGGUGCGGUAUUUCUGCAAGCCCCAAGGGGACAACCCCACAGCCUAUGCUGGCUGCAAGCUGUGUCCCCAGGACUGGCAGCUCCACGGGGAAAGAUGCUACUGGCUUUCUGAGGAAUUGGGAAACUGGACUCAAGGCAUGAAAAGCUGUGAGAACCAGGACUCCCAGUUGGUGGUGCUCCAGGACAAGAAAGAAAAGGAGCACAUCAAGGCUGUUACAGGCAAGAGCCCACCACCAGUGUGGAUUGGAUUAAGGUCACAUCAGAAGGUGUGGAGAUGGGUAGACAACACAUCUUUCAACCCCAAAAUGCUUUAUACCUGCGACGCCCAAAGAAUCAGCCAGCACCUCCUGUUUGGAGGAAGACCUAAACAGCCAUUCCAUGGGUAA